UGCCCGUGUGGCGCCACAAUUCGGAAUUCUAGUUGUGUGUGUAGAAGUUUAGUGAAUAUAGUAAAUAUACGGUAAACUACUGCAGUCAUGGUGCUGCUGAGGAGUGCAACCGGGGCCGCUUCUUCUCCCUAUUAUAGAGAAAACGAGUCGUUGCUAGACACCAGUUCAGAAUUUCUGUCACUCGAAAGUCCUGAGAAAAAGCUUGGCAGAACUCGGAAAUACCCGUUGUCAAACGGCAAAAAGUCACCCUGCGAUGGUCCUUUUUCAGCUAAGGAAGAUAGUGACAGUGGACGUAUUUUACGCUCUUUAGGGAAGAGAAAGCCACAAAACAUCUGUAAUUAUUCAGAUUCAAGCAUGGACAAAACUAAUGAGCUUAAUGUGACUAAUACUGAAGGGAAACGUUUUACCAGAGGGCUGGCCAAACUACAGACAGAUGCAGCUGCAAAUGGAGAUUGCAAUGAAGAUGAGCAAAUUGAUUCGAGUAGUCAACCUAUAAGAAGAACCAGAAGUGCUGAGAAGUCUGCUGCCCAUGAAGAGAAUGGAGAUGUUGAGGUUCGGCGAAGUGGUCGAAUUAGAAGAAGUCGCUACAGCACCACAAACCAAUCUGUGCUGUUUGACAAGCUGAUAACAAAUACUGCUGAAGCUGUUCUGCAAAAAAUGGAUCACAUGAAGAAAAUGCGCCGUCGUCGUCUGAGAGAGCUUGAUGACCCAAGCGUUUUUAAUGAUACUGAGGAGGAAAACCUUGAUAUGUAUUCACGUGUAAAGCAAAAACGUAAUGUUCCAAGACUGGAUGAAGAAACUACAGACAAUCAAGAAGAAAGUGGAGAAACAUCAGAAGAGGGUGAAGACCAAGAUGAGGAGGAUGGGGAGGAGGAUAAUCAAAAGCGUUAUGAGCUACGUCAAAGAAAAGCUGUUGUACCAUAUCAAGCCCCACUAACAGAGCGUAGGAGCCAUAAAAAACAGGAUGUAUUUUAUACCAGUGCAGCUUCCCCUGUGAGGAGAAGAUAUCAUCGUUUUAGUUCUUCUGGACCAAGAAGCCCUUACUGCAAACGUCGUCUAAAUAGGAGAAGACAUGCCAUUCAUAGUAGUGAUUCCACUUCCUCCUCCUCAUCCUCCUCCUCAUCUUCUGAUGAUGAACAGCAUUUAGAAAGACGGCGAAACAGGAGCCGCAGCAAGGCUAUUAGCAGGUGUCUUCCUCUUAAUAUGCAAAGAGAAGAUUUGAAGGGAUUUCGUAAAGAUCGAAUGAAAAUAGGAGGAAGUCUAGCUGAUGUGGAUCCAAUGCAAAUAGACACAUCUAUGGACCAAGACUCUGUUACAGAUCACAGAUGUCCUUUUAUAUUUGAAUGCCAAUAUUGA